AUGAAGCCCCAGCCCCGGACUCUACUGCGUAUCCUUUGGAUCAUCGCACUCGGAUUAUUCAAGUUAGGUCGUGUCCGUGCCGUGAACAUGACCGUCCCGGCCGCCCUGCUCCGCUGCACCACGGGGGGAGAGGCCUUGCUGUCCGUGCGCUACCAGAGCUUCAGCCUGGACCCACCUGUCAUCAAGUGGACCCUGCAGAAGGAGAAACCCAUCACCGUGGUCCAGUCCAUAGGCACUGACAUCAUCGGGACCCUGAGGCCAGAGUACAGGGACCGCAUCCUGGUGUUUGAGAACGGCACGCUGCUGCUGCACAACCUGCGCCUGUCCGACGACGGGAUCUACCACGUGGAGAUCUCCAUCACCGACGACACGUUCACCGGGGAGGCCAGCCUGACGCUCACUGUGGACGAGGUCAUAUCCAAGCCCCUGGUUCUCACAGAGUCCUCCUCGGUGCUGGAGCUGGCCGAGAACGUGCUGCUCAACUGCUCCCACAACAACGGCACCAAGGCCAACUACACGUGGCUGAAGGGCGGCAAGACACUGGCCAAUGAGACGCGCCUCAGCCUGUCACACGACCAGAAGCACCUGAUUAUCAAGCGCGUGCUGAUGAGCGACGACGACGUGUACAGCUGUGUGGUGCAGAACCCGGUGGGCAGGCAGACCAGCCCGCCAUUCAGGCUCUCGGUCUACAGGAGAAGCUCUCUGUACAUCAUUCUGUCCACUGGAGGACUGUUCCUGCUCAUCACACUGGUGACCGUGUGCGCCUGCUGGACUCCCCCAGAGAAGAAGCAAAAAAAGCCGUCCAGAAAGCCUUUGGACAAGUCAUAUGACUACUCAGACUGUCCGGUCAACCAUACAGGUGAAUUAUCUCCAAAAAGACCACAGAGCACCAAGAAGCCGGGAGUAACAUCGCUCUACGUGCUACAACACAAGGUUUCCACGGAUAAUUCAGUGAACGGUGAGCCUCCGCACUACAGCCCUUACCCACCGCGUCAGAGCGCCCCGGUCAGCCUGGUCAGCCCCGUCAGCCCGGCAGCACCGCGCUCCAUCCUCAAGUGCAGCUAA